AUUUGUGUUCCGAAGAUAAACGAAGGUCUUACGCAUUUGGAACGACAUGAGGGAGUCUCAGUCAACUCACAAGCAGUUGGAAUGGACUGCCCCAGUGAGGAGGAAGAAUUUGCAGAAGCUAGUGAAUACCUUGAAGAUGAACAACAAACAUUUACUUCAGGAGCAGAUGCUGUUGAGUCAUAUCAAAAAGAAGAUUUUUCCAAGUUACAAGAUAUCCCUGCACCAAAUGAAAUUUCAGUCCAGCUUAUUGGAACCAAUUCUGUUACUCUUGCUUGGGAUAGUCCAGACAACAUAUCUACAUUUGACUUGACCUACUACAGUCUCACAUCUACAAAGACCUCUACUAUCACAAACUCCUCAACCAUAGAGGUGGAAGAUCUGUGCCCAGCGACUGAGUACACUUUCAACCUUGUUUCAGUAUCAGACAACGGAGAACGCAGUGUGGAAGUUAAAGUGACUGCGUGCACCAGGCCAGUCCCACCAGAAAACUUCAAGGUUGAGAGUGUGGGUACCACUUCGGUUUCUCUUAUUUGGGAUGCAUCUGGCUGUGAGGAGAACACGUUUCAUGUUACUUGCAGCCAGAAUGGAAGAAGCUUUCAGGAAGAGAUAACAAAUUCAAGAACUGUGGCUUUCUGUGACCUAAGUCCUGGAAAGAAGUGCUCUUUUCACAUUACUAAAGUGCUUCCAAAUGGCAACAGAAGUAAAGAAGCAGUCACAUAUGCUCAAACCAAAACAAACAUCCAGAGCCUUUUACAGGAUCUGGGCUUGGAGAAGUACUACCCAAACAAACUCUCACUCAGCGAUGUGCUACAGAUUGAGAAGAGGUCAGUGAUAGAUGAGCCAGCCCAGUCUCUAUCAUCCUUACCAUGGCUGUUCCUGAAGAAACUGAUGAUGGUGAAUGUGACUGCAAGAGGAGUUAAAUACUCAUGUGAUGAGAGUGAAGAUUUGUCAAGCUUAGAUUUUUACAAUGAAUCAUUUGAUUUUCUGAAUGAUCAGAAUGGCAGUGUAAACCCUUUAGACAUAAUGUGCGCCCUUUUCCUUUGUUCAGAUGGUUUCCUCCAACAGGAAAUGGUCUCAAAAAUGUCAAUGUGUCAGUUCUCUGUUCCUCUGCUUCUUCCAAACUCUGACACUCAACAGUGUAUGUUCAUGCUUUGGGCAAUGAGAGAUAUUGUGAAAAAAUGUAGACCUCAUUCCUUGUCAGACCCAAGAGGCUUUGUGGAGGAGAGAAUUGUUCACUUUGAGCUCCCCCUAGUGUCUUUUGUUAGACUUGGUGAUUGCAGCAUCUCUAAAUCUCAGAUCUUAAACAAAUUGCUUAGCAACCCUCAGCAGUAUCAUGACACUUUUGUACAUCGUGAUAUGGAUUGCGGAGACGUUCCAAGAAAGAUAUCAAAUGGGUUAGUGGAGAUGAGUUGGUAUCUACCUUGUGGAAACAAAAACAUUGAUGUUUUUCCUGAACCCGUGGCUGUUGCAAACUUGAGAGGUGACAUCAGGACCUUUGAAACAGAGUACUCAUUCUUAUGCCAGACCUCCACUGCAGUUUUUGUGUUCUUUGACAAUCUGGACACAAACUACAAGCUACUCACCAACCAACAUGUAAAAGCACAGUUUUUUUUAGUAGGCAAUGUACAAAAAGCAUUUAAAAGGGAGCAGCUGAAAAGGACAGUUUCUGAAAUGAGUUUGAAGAAAAACAACAUCAUUCUGAAGACCAAUCAAAAUGAUGCAAAUUUUGUUAAAAAUCUGCAUUCUUCAGUAAAUCAAAUAAUUAAUAAUCAUUCCAACAAAGCACGUCUGGAGGGAAUGGACACCAUAGCACAUGAACUCGGAAUUUUAGUUGAUGAAGACAUCCAGGAAUGUCAGGAAGCAAAAAAUAAUGCGCAUGUCUUAACAAAAAAUAUACAGGACACACUGCAGUUCAAAGAGACACAGCUUCCCCUUCAGGGUAAAAUCUGGAAAGAUUUGGCAAAACUGGAAAAAGAGGAAUGCAGACUCCGGAAAGCUGGUGAUCAAAACAUAGAGACAUACAAGUGUGAUCUCCAGAUUAAAAAGACUGAUCUCAGGAAACAGCAGAGUAAAUAUGAUAUCUCAGAGGCCAUGUCCUGCUUUGUUAGUGCACUAUCAAGCUCAAACCAGGAGAGGUCCUACUUCUUGAAGUGGAUGCGGAUUAACCUUGACAAUCUCUCCCGAAAAAGCCUCUCCAUCCUCAGAGAGCAGUACAAAGAAAAGUGUCAACGAUUUUCAGAAAACAAAGAGGAAAUUGCACAGCUUGACCAACAGAUCUCUAACAGUUCUUUAGGCAUAGAGCACUUCCUGCGUGAAAUGGGCCAACUCUAUGAAGCUGCGGUGUCGCUUCCAGAAAACUUAGAAUCACGUCAACAGAUGCUACAUUUACCUCGGCUAUGUGCUGAGCUGAUGCUGGAUGGCUUCCCUCUGGAACUUGUUGAUGGAGAUGCAUCAAAUAUUCCUCUCAGAUGGGUGAGUGAUGUGCUAAAGUAUUUGAACUUUUUGGUCCAGCCAAAUAAUAAAAUCAUGGUGGUCACAGUUUUAGGCGUCCAGAGCACAGGGAAGUCCACCUUGCUGAACACCAUGUUUGGAGUUCAGUUUGCAGUCAGCAGUGGACGAUGCACCAGAGGAGCUUUUAUGCAGCUGAUCAAAGUCGAAGAGGACAUCAAGAAAAAACUUGGCUGUGAUUAUUUAGUGAUAAUUGACACAGAAGGUUUGAAAUCCCCAGAGCUGGCAAAACUAGAUGAUAGCCAUGAACAUGACAAUGAAUUAGCCACACUUGUUGUUGGAUUGAGUGAUAUCACAAUCAUUAACAUUGCAAUGGAGAAUUCCACAGAGAUGAAGGACAUUUUACAGAUUGUGGUCCAUGCUUUUCUCAGAAUGAAAGAAAUAGGGAAAAAACCCAGUUGCCAAUUUGUCCAUCAAAAUGUUGCUGAUGUAUCAGCCCAUGACAAGAACAUGAGAGACCGAAAGCUUCUGCUGGAGCAGCUGAAUGAGAUGACUGAGGCAGCUGCUAAAAUGGAGAACAAGGAAGAUUAUAAAAUGUUUACUGAUGUGAUGAAGUAUGAUCCAGAGACUUGCAAUUGGUAUAUUCCUGGACUCUGGCAUGGAAAUCCUCCAAUGGCACCAGUGAAUGCUGGCUACUCCGAGGCUGUCUAUGAGCUUAAAAAGAACAUGAUUGAUGUAAUUGGAGAAUGCAAACUCAAAACGUCUGGAAACAACAUAACAGAAUUUUUGGAGUGGACAAAAAGCUUGUGGAAUGCAGUCAAAUUUGAAAAUUUCAUAUUUAGCUUCAGGAAUAGCUUGGUGGCUGAUGCAUACAUGAGACUGUGCACAGAAUUUCAUAAAUGGGAAUGGUCUUUCAAGAAGGAUAUGCAUUCUUGGUUAAUAGUAGCUGAAAUCAGAGUGUCAAAUUUUGAGAUAGUCAAACUGAAAUCAGACAAGUCAGAUCUAAAAGAUCUUUUAUGCAAACUGAAACAAGAAGCUGUCACAAAGCUUGACUCAUUGGAAAAGACCACAAUGGAAAACCUUUUCAAAUACUUUGAACAAACAGAGGGUCAUGUCUACCUUGUGGAAAAGUACAAAGAAGACUUUGUGAGCAGUGUAAAAUCUCUCAGGAGGGAAACCGAGAGCUCUCUGCGGACACAGCUUGAGGCAGCAGUGGACAUUAGGAGAGGGAUGAACAAUCUGGAUAACAUCAAGAAAACAUUCACUGAUACAAUGGAGAAAAAAGUGCUGGGCCUACUGGAGGAGUUACGCAAAAACAACAGCUCAAAAAGUGAUGCACAUAUGACAGAUGAGCAGCUUGACAGAUAUUUUGGACAAAUAUGGCAAGAAACAUUAAAUGAGCUGUCGUUUACUGGAUUGAAGCGAAGAAAUAUUUUUGAUUUCGUUUUUUGGCAACUUCGAGAAAACAUGAAACAGAAGGGAAGUUCUGUCACUGAACAGUUAAGUAGAGUGAAUCUGAUGAACUGUGGAACAGAAGUGUUCAAAGUCACUAAAGAAGCCUUUUACAAAAGGUGGUUUAAACGCAUGUUUAAUGACAACUCUGCAGUGGACCUACAAAAUUUAGCAGAUAAUAUCAUUCAGACAUGCUCUCAGUUUGUCCAGGAGAAGACUGCAAAGCAUUCUGAUUACCAUGACACCUACAUUCAGGAGAUCUUACACAUAAUUGAUGACAGAUUUAUGUCCAACAAGAAUAUUGGGUUUUCAGAUGAAUUUGAACUGUCCUUGAAACGGCACAUUUGUGGGUCUGCGAGAGAAUUUCAAGUCAUGCAUGAUUGUUUCAUUAAGGAGAAUGACCCACGUAGAUGCCUUGAUCAGUAUAAAAACAAAUAUCGCAAUGAUUUCAAGGACCUGUUCCAUGAUCGCGAUCAGUGUCAGAGAAAGGCUGAAGAAUUCACUAAACUGUGCUUGAUGCCUGCAGUUGAGGCAUUCAUCUACAGCUCCUUGGGUCCAGACAUUGUUGACAAAAUGCUUCAGGGAAAAAAUGCAUUUCAAUUCAGCACACGUGCAUUUUUCCAGUACUCACUCCUAAAGCAACUUUUGAUUGAAGAUAAGUUUGAACAGUAUGUGAAAUACAUUAGCACCUAUGAAGGUUUUGCUAAGGGCUGGAUAUUAGAUCAAAUCACCAAACAGUUUUCGAAUGACCAUGAAGUGUCUGAGUUGGAGGAAUGUCACCUUAGAGGAAUCACAAAUGAGAUACUAGAGGCUGUCAAAAUGGCACAGAAUGAAACAAAUGAAGAUGGUAUCAAAGGAUUCAUCCAGUGCAUAUGCAGGAAGCUUGGACAACAGCUUAUAAUUCCCAAAGAUGCUCUAGAAACAGUGAUGGUCCUAAACAAUGCUUCUCAAGAGCCAUUUGCAAGCUGGCUAACUAAAUCUGUAGAAGAGAUGGAACAGACACUGAGGGAACAACUGAAGAAAGUCGACAUACAGGUCAAACUUUGCAUGCUCAAAAUGAAACCCCAGGAUGAGCUCUUCAAGCGAGUGUUUGGAUGUGGAAAACAGUGUCCAUUCUGCAGUGCUCCAUGUGAAGCUGGUGGAGAAGCCCACACUGAGCACUGUGCUUCAGUCCACAGACCUCAGGGACUUGGCCGAUAUAGAUAUGAAAACAAUGAAAAAUUAGUGUGUAAUAUAUGCUCAACAGAUGUACACAGUGAAGUAAAUUUUAAGUGUUUUCAAACUAAUUAUAACUAUCAUCCUUACAAAAGAUACAGAGAAAUCUUUCCAGACUGGCACAUCCCUGCUGAUGUUAGCAUACAGGCCUCAGACUACUGGAAAUAUGUGAUGGCCCGUUUCAACACUAAGUUUGCUGGAGAAUACAAUGCUCAUCCUGCUGACAUACCCUUGACCUGGAAAUCCAUCACAAAGCAGGAAGCAGAGAACAGCUUAAAGGAGUCUUUCAGCAUCAAAUAA